AUGGAGCACGUGACAGUGACCUGGCCGGGAGUGCCGGAGGCGGCGCCGGGCCCGGCCAAGCGGCCCUGCCUGUCGCCCGCUGGAGAGGCAGCCGCCAAGCGUGUCUGCCUCGGGGCACCUCCGCCCCAGGAGAGUGCCCUCUUCUACUGGCGCUGCUUCGCCGAGGAGCGCAGCCGCGCCUACAACCACACGUUCGGCAGUGGCAUGGUCGGCCCCGACUUCAGCGACAUCCGUCGGCAGGCCGGAGAAGCUGCAGUGUCCGGGCCACCGCCAGGGGAGGAGGUCAGAAGGGAGCCCAGCAAACAGCGACGGGACAGGUCCAGACACGGCAGUGGCAAAGUGCGUAAGAAGCGCACCGCGAUACAGGCGAUGGUGCACCCGCUGAAACGGUGGCUGGUGCGCCACCGGCACAAUCCGUACCCGAGCAGGGAGGAAAAGCUGCAGCUCGGAGAGACGGCCGGCAUGAACCUGGGACAGGUUUCGACGUGGUUCGCCAACGCCCGCCGUCGGCUGAAGCAGGUGGUGAGCGGCGAGCUAUUGCCCUGGCAGGAGCGGGUACGUCUGUACAACUCGUGUGUCAAAGGCAACGCCGAGCUGCUCUCACUGUCCUCUGACGACUCCGUGUGGAACGACGGCGGCAGAGGUGACGACACCAGACAGCAGACCUCUACCGGCAUCGAUGCGGAGCAGCGCAUCGAGCUGAACGGUGUCAACCCCGGCGACCCCAGUGACCUCACCAACCCCGCUGACCGGGUCGACCCGUCUGACCCCAGUGCGGUGCCGACACUGACCUCUCCAGGUCGUCGUGGUCGUUCACCUCCGGCCGCCGGCUCUCCAAAGUACAAAAAGAAGAUGCUGCUCCGGUAUCUGAGCGAUACGGAGCGCUACUCUAGCGCCGCUGACGCUGAUGAUGAGGCGAGCGGCGGUUCAGGAGACACCCACCCGUCCUGA